CGGAAGGGCAGGGAGAGUUGCGAAUCAUCGACGGGCAAACCGGGCGUUCGGACCACGACGGCUUCAUCACGCAGACGGACAAGGAAACACGAUCGAUUCACCCUGGUAACCAUGCAGUUGGCUCCACGAGAACUCGACAAGCUCACAAUCGCCCACCUGGGCUUCCUCUCCCAGCGACGGCUCGCGCGCGGCGUGCGCCUCAACCGGGCCGAGGCCCUCGCCCUGAUCGCCAGCGUGCUGCACGAACUCAUCCGCGAUGGCAGCCACAGCGUCGCGGACCUCAUGGCCUUGGGCCCGACCCUGCUCGGGCGCCGCCAUGUCCUCCCGAACGUCCCCGCGUCCCUCCACGAGAUGAUGGUCGAGGGCACGUUUCCGAACGGGACGUAUCUCGUCACGGUGCACGACCCGAUCGCGACGGACGACGGGGAUCUGGAGCGGGCGCUCUACGGGAGUUUCCUGCCCGUGCCGAAGGGGGAUGCGGCGGAGAAGUUGUUCCCCUGGCCGCCCGCUGACGGGUUCGGGGCGUGGGGGGCCGAGGCUCAGCCCGGGGCGGUGGUCGCGGUGAAGGGGGUCAAGGGCAGGAUCGCGCUGAAUGCGGGGCGGCGGAGGGUGAGCUUGAAGGUGGUGAGCAAGGGCGACCGCCCGAUCCAGGUCGGCAGCCAUUAUCAUUUCCUCGAGACGAACCCGCGGCUGGAGUUCGAUCGCAUGAAGGCGAGGGGGAUGAGGCUGGACAUCGCGGCGGGCACGAGUGUGCGGUUCGAGCCGGGGGAUACGCGGACGGUGAAUUUGGUCCCCAUCGCGGGCAACCAGAUCAUUCGCGGGGGGAACGGGUUGGCGUCGGGUCAUAUCCAUGAUACGAGCAUCACGGAGGGGAUCCUGAGGCGGUUGUCCGAAGGGGGCUUCUUGAAUGUCGCGGAGGAUCCGGCGGCGGAUCAGGCGCUGGUCAAGGCUUGUGAGGUUGACCGGCAGAGCUACAUCGCUAUGUUUGGACCCACGACGGGCGAUCGGGUGCGGCUCGGUGCGACGGAUUUGUGGAUCGAGGUGGAGAGGGACAUGACGGUUUAUGGCGACGAGUGUUCUUUCGGGGGAGGCAAGACGAUCCGUGAUGGGAUGGGCCAGGCGACGGGGAGGAAGAGUAGCGAGUGUUUGGAUGUGGUGGUCACCAAUGCGCUCAUCGUGGACUGGAGCGGGAUCUACAAGGCUGACAUCGGUAUCAAGGAUGGGUUCAUCGUCGGCGUCGGCAAAGCUGGGAAUCCGGAUGUCAUGGCUGGUGUCCAUCCCGAUCUGGUCGUCGGGGUCCACACCGAUGUCAUCGCGGGGGAACAUAAGAUCGUCACGGCCGGGGGGAUCGAUACGCACAUCCAUCUGAUCUGCCCCCAGCAGGCGAACGAGGCCAUCGCCAGCGGCAUCACGACCUUCCUCGGCGGCGGCACCGGUCCCAGCACCGGCUCGAACGCCACGACCUGCACUCCGAACCCGAACGUGAUCAGAUGGAUCUUACAGGCCGCCGACGAGCUUCCCGUGAACCUCGGCAUCACCGGCAAAGGCAACGACGCCGAUCCCGCCGGCCUGAUCGAACAAGUCGAAGCCGGCGUCUGCGGCCUCAAGCUCCACGAAGACUGGGGGAGCACACCGGCCGCCAUCGACAGCUGCCUCUCCGUCUGCGACACCCACGACGUCCAAUGCCUCAUCCACACCGACACGCUCAACGAAUCCGGCUUCGUCGAAACCACCGUGGCCGCCUUCAAGAACCGCACGAUCCACACCUACCACACCGAAGGCGCAGGGGGCGGCCACGCUCCGGACAUCAUCUCCGUGGUGGAACACCCCAACGUCCUCCCGAGUUCCACCAACCCGACACGGCCCUACACGGGCAACACCCUCGACGAGCACCUCGACAUGCUGAUGGUCUGUCACCACCUCUCGCGGCAGAUCCCCGAGGACGUCGCGUUCGCGGAGUCCCGGAUCCGCGCCGAGACCAUCGCCGCCGAGGACGUCCUGCACGACCUCGGCGCCAUCAGCAUGAUGUCCUCGGACUCCCAGGCCAUGGGCCGCUGCGGCGAGGUCAUCCUGCGGACCUGGCACACCGCGCACAAGAACAAGGUCCAGCGCGGACGACUGCCCGAGGACGAAGCGUACGGCAGCGGCCAGGCGGACAACGCCCGCGUGAAGCGGUACAUCAGCAAAUACACCAUCAACCCGGCCAUCGCGCAGGGCAUGUCCCAUCUGAUCGGGAGUCUGGAGGUGGGCAAGUUCGCGGACAUCGUGCUCUGGGACCCCGCGCAGUUCGGGGUCCGGCCCGCGCAGAUCGUCAAGGGCGGCAUGAUCUCGUGGAGCGCCAUGGGCGACCCGAACGGCUCGAUCCCGACGGUCGAACCGGUGCUCAUGAGGCCGAUGUUCGGCGCGAUGAACCCGAGUCGCUCGAUCACUUGGGUGAGUCGGGCGAGUGUGGAGAACGGCGUGGUCGACACCUACGGGCUGAAGAGGAGGGUGGAGGCGGUGAAGGGGUGUAGGAAUAUCGGGAAGAAGGAUAUGAAGUGGAAUGAUGCCAUGCCGAAGAUGAAGGUUGAUCCAGAGAGAUAUGUAAGUUUCCAACCCCGAUCGUUCUCAUUCGAUUUGGUGGGAAGUGGAUCGCUCGCUAACGUUCUGUUCUCAGACGGUCGAGGCGGACGGGAUGAUUUGUACGGCCGAACCGGCGACGACGUUGCCACUUGCUCAGGCAUAUUUCGUGUUUUGAACUGGAUGAUAUCGAUGUCAUGUCUUGCUGAGUCUGCACUAUUCCAUGACCAUUACAGGGUUUCUUGUUAUGUGACUUGGUGCUUUCAUGUUCUGUAGUGUCCGCGUCGAUUGCACAGGAGACAUGAGGUGAAGUGUGAAGUGCUGUGGUUGUCGUAUAUCUUGCCGAGCAUGUUACACAUGGAUCACAUGUCGUCGAGACAACUCACAACAUCAUCUCCUUGUCGCGCCUUGCCAUCAGCUACAUCUUUCCCUCCUCACAAUUGCAAUCUCCUUGGAGUCUCAUUUCCUCCAUUUUCUGGCUGAGAAACAGGCGCAUCAUCACGCGAAUGAACAGAGCGCAGUUUCACUGGCAGCGCCGUUGCUUGAUCGCGUCUGCCACCGUUCAUCUUGCUACCUGCAGUCAAUCACGCAGUAC